AUGGCUGCCAGGUCAGAGCCAAAAGCACUUGCCGCAAUUCAAGAUAUCAAAUCCAAAGUCCCCAACGCAAAAGUCGAGUUCAUUGAGAUGGACCUCAGCUCUUUCUCUUCUGUCAAGAAGGGCGUCGACGACUUCCUUUGGGAAACAAAACUCCACGUCCUGCUCAACAACGCUGGCGUCUUUUGUCUCCCCUACUCCAAGACCGCUGAAGGUUUUGAGAUUCAAUUCGGCACAAACCACAUGGGUCACUUCCUCCUCACAAAGUUGCUCCUCCCCACGCUUAUCUCGACCGCAAAGGCCUGCGACCCCGGCACAGUGCGUAUCGUCAAUGUCUCCUCCCUCGCGCACAACCGAACUGAAACUAUCACCUUUGAUGACAUGCACGACGAGAAUGGGUCUAAACUUGCAAACAUACUGCACGCUAAAGCACUCUCAAAGAGAGUAAAGGAGCAUGGCAUCAUCACGAUGUCACUCAAUCCAGGGAUCAUCCACUCAGGACUGUGGGAGAAUAUGUCAGGGAUCACAUCACCAAUGUGGGAGAUUGCAAAGUACUGUUUCACAACGCCGGAGGUCGGAGCGUAUACCAAUAUUUUCUGUUCAGCGUCGCCAAAGGUAACGAUGGAGGAUACUGGGGAUUAUUAUGUCCCGGUGGGAGUCAAGGGUGCAGGAAAGAUGCAUAAACCGAGUGUGGCGGCGAGCGAUGACGAGCUGGCGGAGAAGCUGUGGGAGUGGUCUGAGACGGAGGUGGCGAAGCAUGGGUACUAG